AUGGCUGAACAUGCUGGUGAUGUAGCAACAGAAAGCAUUACUCCAUGUGACAGAAACAAAUCUCCAACCAACCCCCAAAAUCUUUUAUAUACAGUUCAGUUUAGUUACACUCCAACCCAUCUGCUUAUCAUGGAGAGCCUAAACACCAAAUCUGCUCAAAAGCUUGUGAAGAGUACUUCACAUGCUGCAAUUGCAUCUAUAGCCAGGGGAGUUGUGAGAUCCAUUCCACCUCAACAAUCCAUCAAGAACCAAUCUUUGUCGAGAUCAGAUGAUCAGCUGAAAGAGAGACAGAUUGAAAAAUAUAAGGUUUCCCAGAAACCUCUCACAAAAGAAAACACCAAGCCACUUGAUAUCACGCUCCACACUCAACAGAGAGCUGUUAAACGUACAAUGUUCAAUUACUCGGUUGCAACCAAGCUGUAUCUCAUUGAGCACCAGAAGAAGCAAAUAGAGAAGUUGCAGAAGAUCAUCGAGGAAGAAGAGGUUCGGAUGCUGAGAAAGGAGAUGAUUCCAAGAGCUCAGUUGAUGCCUCUAUUUGACAGGCCCUUCUUUCCACAAAGGUCAAGUAGGCCUUUAACAGUUCCAAAAGACCCAAGUUUCCACAUCAUGAGUGGCAAAUGUUCAAGCUGUAUAUGUUGCAGUGACCUUUACAGUUUCCACACAAUGAAGCACAUUGAAUAA